AUGAUUGAUAUAGCUGCUAAUGGAAAUUGUCAUUUGAAGGUGUUGAUGAAUGAGUUUGAGAUGAUUGAUCUGGGAAAUAUGAUAUAUUUUCUAGGAAUGGAGAUUCGGUACUCUGAGAAGGAUAUCAUUUUGCAUCAGCUAAAGAAUGAACUUGAGAUUCUGAAGAGAUUUGAGCUAACAAAUUACAAGAUUGCAAUCACCUAUGCUGAGAUAAAUCACAAGCUGGAUUAUGAUGUUGAGGGUGAUGAUGAUCUAAAGAUCAAAGUGAACAAGCCUGUGAAGCUGAUGAUUGACAACAAAUCAGCCAUAAGUCUUGUCAAAAAUUCAGUCUUGCAUGGAAGAAGCAAACAUAUUGACAUAAAGUUUCAUUUUCUGUGA